AUGCUGAGACGGACCCCCAAGUCGGCUUCCAAGCCUGUACCGGUAGUAGUGGAUACCACCACUAACCAAUCCCCACCAAAAGUUCGACCCCCACGUCCAUUCCAAAAACGAAACAAACUAUUGGCCAUUUGCUUGGUGACAAUCCUGUGUGUGACAACUCUUGUACUGUUGUUGAUCCAUCUGGUGGUGUUUCCCCGCUAUCACUUUCGACCUCCGUCGUUACUCUACCAACACUCGCAAUCUGACGACUAUGAAUGCCGUGGCUGGCAUACCACCUCUCCCGAUUGGUCCUUGCUGACGCUACGCUAUCAACGACGGACUCUGGGACGGGUGUUAAGACCCCUGCGAUACCUUCGACAUGUUUUGGGUGUAGCCAGUGCCGGCUGUCACGACAAAAUCGAAGGCGAUGAAAUGGGAUAUUGUGAGGUGGUGCACCAGGGAACAACCAUGCGAGUGUUGGAUCAAUCGUCUUCUGUUUAUUCCUAUCAAAAUCCCUUUCUCUAUACUCGCUUGCGGCCCUUUUGGCAAUGUUCCAUGGUGGCGGACUUUGUCACGUACAAGGAACAAAUAAUAAAACAACCACUGGAACCCGCCAAUCCACCGUUGUACGAAAGGACCAUGCACGCCAAAGCAACACCACAAGGAAGAGGAAUCAUUAUUGGACUCAACCCCCAACAACUGCCCUCCAUUUACAGCCUGGUGCGAUUGUUGCGACACGAACUAAACUGCCAACUUCCCAUUGAACUUUGGGCACAGGGAGGAGAAGAUGGAAUUGGGAUGCAUACCUAUUCCAUGCAUGAUGGGGCAUUGCUGGAAGCACUGUUGCGGCAAUCGAAUGUGGUCUUGCAGACUCAUUGGGACUAUCGCUACGAAUACUCCCGCACUCGACCCUACGGACUGGCCCAUAGUUCCUUUGAAGAAGUCUUGAUUUUAAAUGGCGACACGUUUCCACUCCGCGAUCCCUCCUUUUUGUUCGAGAUACCGCAGUACCAAGAAACGGGGGCAUUGUUCUGGAAGGAUGUCGCGUGGUCGGAUGAUAGUGAAACAACUGGUGCUGGCACCCUACACCCACUGCUCUGGGAGUUGCUCGGUAUCCCAAAAGAGCAUCCCAUUCGGAAUGAAAUGGAAUUGAGUAGUGGACAAAUGGUCAUUCAUCGACGGAAAUGUGAAACACCCAUCCAGUUACUCCUCUUUUUCGCCCAAACCUUUUCGAAAUGGUUCCGGCCACUGCAAUUGCUCUACGGCGAUAAGGACCUCUAUCGGUUGGCCUGGAGACUCACUCAAUCACCAUUUCAUUACGUGGAACAACCACCCGCUCUGGUCCAGACAUCAACGACGUCUUGGAGGUCACAAACGGAAUGGUAUGGACUCAAACUGAAAUCCUGUGCACAGACACUGGCCAUGGCAGACCCUCAAACCGGCAACCCGCUAUUCUUGCAGUACAAGGGAGGCCCCAUUCUCAACACUACAACUGCGUUGUGGGGUGAUACGGUGACAGUCUUUGAGGGGACUACUGCGUUGGAAACACAAUACAAGGUGGGAAUGUCGUGGUUUUGGCAAAAUGGACAGCAACCACCCGUCAAUGGAGUCUGGAUGGACGACGCACAACGGUGCUACUAUACCCAUCCACAAUCGUCGUUUCGGAACCAGUUUCAAGAGCGAUCCCUGCGGGACACGACACGGGCUGCGGAGAAGGUGGAACAAGCGGUCCUACGGUAUACGAAGGAAGCUCUGGAACUGCAGAGCCAAAAGAAGACAAAGACGGACAGCUAG